AUGUCGCAACAAGCCUCGCUCCAGUCCUUUUUCACCCAGUCUUCCCAGCAAGGGACAGCCCCUCCGCAGAACAGGAAUACUCCGGUUCCCGAUCCAACCCCAUCCGGAGCUCAGGAACAAGAAUUCUCCUCGACCUUUGCAACACAAUCCGACUACAACGACCCAUACCAACCGAGAAUUGACUACCUCUACCCAAGCGUCGUUCCUCAGGACACUCACACCCAGACGGACCUGAACUACAUUACCUGGGCCAUUAGACAUGCCACCAGCCGAAUCUGCCCACCCACCGACAGGAUUGAAAUCCUCGAAGAGCAAACGACCACACUCCGGAGAACAGUGGACACACUGAGGCACCAAAUCGAGGCGCAAACAAAUAUGAUCACCAACAUGCACUCGGCGAUCCAUCUUCUCCUCAACAAACAACCACAACCGCAGCAACCGCAGCAACCACAACAAAACCAACAACAGCAACAGCAGCAACAACAGCGAAAACCACAACAACCGCAGGGACAGAGAAUGCCCCCUCCAGCGGUCCCCCAAACAGUUCCCCAAGCAGCGCCUCAGGCAGCCCCUCAGGCCCCCCCACCCGCACCCCCCCAACAAGCCCCCCCCCGUGGAUGGAAAGCAGGCACCUGGGCCGCCGUGGCCUCGGCACCCGGCCCUGCUCAAGGAAAUUUCCAGGUUGUAGAGAGAAGAAAGAAGUCCGCAAAGCCAAAAGUGGACCCUCUCUUCAAGCCAGAAUAUACCAAAAUCAACAGAGAAAUCAUUGUUGAAACCACUGCCCCAUCCGACGUCAAUCCCUCCGAGAUCAGGACCCUAGUUAAUGCAAGAAUUCAGGACGAAUCCUGCCACUUUAUUUCAGCAAGGAGAACACCCAAGGACAACUUUAUCCUGGAAACAAAGUUUGUAACCCCAGCAACAAAGGCAAUGGAGUAUGCCAAAGAAAUUGAGGAGGCUCUCCUCACCCUACAAGUACCAGUCGCCACCAUCCGGGCAAACUCCAAAUGGUCAAAGUUCCUUAUUCACGGAAUCCCCACAACGGUCGGAGAAGGCGCCGAGGCAGGACAACUGGUAGCAUCCGAAAUUAGAAGCAAUUGUGGAGAUAACUUCCAACUUGCCCAGAUUCCCCGCUGGAUCUCCAGAGCAGAGACUCGAAUGGAGAAAACACACUCAUCAAUGGUCAUCGCGCUCCCAGGACAAAUCACAAUGGAAACACUAGGAGUUAAGUUCCUAUCCCUCUUUAACCGAAGCUGCCACAUCGAGGCCUUCCUCCCAACCUUCCCAGACACCCAAUGCGCGAAGUGCCUCGAAUACGGUCACCGCCAGGAGAAAUGCAAAAACAGUGGGAGAUGCGGUCAUUGUGCCGGAGAUCAUCUCACCAGCUUCCACCCAUGCAAUCAAUGCCAGGGAGGAUACAGAUGCACCCACACCCCAAUCAGAUGUCUGAACUGUAAAGGAAUCCAUAAGGCCUCCGACCCAGCAUGCCCCGAAAGAGUUAAACGCCGAUUCCUCAACAAAGGAAAGGAAAACGCCCCACCCGCUCAAGACCCACCGGCCGCACCCAUCCAGGAGCCGCUUCCGGUAGUUCAAGUACCAGCCACCGCCCCAGUCGGAGCAACACCCGCGGCGGUAGAAGAAGCGGAAACAGACCCUAGUAUUUAUUUCCUAUUAUUACAAGAACCAUGGACCUCAGCAGAGGGAUACCCACCAGAAUCAAAUCUCUUUUAUAUUUUUACAGCCAGCAACACCAAUACAAAAUGUGCAACAUACGUCCGUAAACAUGCCAACCUCAAACCAAAACACCACUACACACACGAUAAUUUCAUAGUAUCGAUUACGGUAGAAAUCCAGAACAAGAAAACCCAAAUCCUAAAUAUAUACUCCCCAGGCCGAAGUGGCCCCUUUGCCCAAAUAGCAAGUACAAUCCAAACCCUUGAUAAUUGUCUAGUAAUGGGAGACUUCAACUGCCACCAUCAAAUGUGGUACGGAGUAAAUUCACAUGAAUACAGAAACAACAUUCGAGCAGACCGGGUCAACGGCGCACGGUUAAAACGAUGGAUAACCCGACAGAAACUGACCCUCCUGAACGAACCAGGCGUCUUUACGCACUUCCCCAGAGACAGAGGGAAAAGGCCCACAACCAUCGACCUUGCAUUUGUAAAAGGCCCAAUACUCGACCACAACCUACGAUGGAGUACUGAACCCUACGGAGCGGGCUCAGACCACGGGAGAACCUCCGUCCACUUACACCUGGAAAAACCACCUUUUGUACCAAGACGAAUGUGGCGACAAACGGACUGGAAGCUAUUGGAGAACCACAUGUCAAACAUCUCCAUCCCUGCAGAGGCAUGGGAAACCAAGGAACAUACGGAACAAACUGUCGAUUUCUUCCUAGAACUGGUUAGGUCAACAGUCAGCAUAGUAACACCACUCUCGAAGGAGGGGGUAAGAGCCAACUCCUGGUGGUCAGAUGAGAUGAAACAGAUGAAGGCAAGGGUAAACGCAGCAGAAAGGAAGGCGAGAAAUACAAGGAAAUCCAAUCACGUGGAGGAACACCGGAAGGCUUGCAGAGAAUGGACAGCCAUGAUCCGGAAAGCAAAAGCGGACCAGCGGGAAAAGACGAUGAACGAGGCGAAAGGUAGUGAAGUCUGGAGAAUCCUAAGCGCAGGAAAGAGACGAGACACAAUCAUACCAACCAUACAAGGUGAAGAAACGUUUGCGGGGAAGUGUCAAGCUCUAAGAGCCCAACUCUUCCCCUCGAAACGGACGUCCCCCGACCAUCCCCCCUUGAACAUUAGACCCCCCUCUUUUGACCUUAGCAACACCUUCGACAUAGUCACCCCCGAAGAACUUAACAAAGCAAUCGACUCCUGCCCAGCGCACUCGGCGACCGGCCCGGAUGGCAUCCCUUAUACCUUUAUCAAAGCUACAGUCAAAGCAAAUACAACUCUAAUCCAAGACAUGUUCUCCGCUAUGCUCCGGCACGGUUGUAUCCCGAUCCCGAAACCCGGUAAAGCAAAUUACCAUGAAGCAAAAGCCUACCGGCCCAUUUCCCUUCUACAAUGCUUCAGCAAAAUCCUGGAGAAGAUAGUGGCCCAGAGACUCUGCACCGCUGGAGAAAUCCUAGGCACACUCUCAGCAAACCAAUUCGGAGGAAGACCAACCAUCUCGGCGAUUGAUGCCCUCCUGAGAACCUUGACACCAAUACAACAAAACCUACUGCUAAAAAACAGCACCGGAAUCGCCCGGCGAGAUAGACCAGCGAUCCUAACCAACGACAUCCAAGGAGCAUUCAAUUGUGUCGAUCACCUACUCCUCGCGGAAAUCAUGCACCAACAAAAAUUCCCCACCUAUCUGACAGAAUGGUGUAAGGAAUUCAACACCGGCAGAAAACUACAGUUCCAAUUCAAACAUGAGCUAGAGGAACCACAGCCCUAUGAUUCCGGAGUGCCGCAAGGUAGCCCCAUGUCUCCGGUACUAUUCAUGAUAUAUGCCGGAGUAAUUCUGGACCCAACUAGCAGCCCAAAAGAGAUGGACACAACUUACAUUGAUGACGAUGCGCUGGUGCAAAUAUCCAAAACACCAG